AUGUCUACUCCCACAACGAAUUAUGACAAUUAUGACUUCCUACGCCGUGGCUCUCGCAGGACAGGAACCAUUCACUCUCAAUCUGGCUCAAUCUCACCGCGUCGCAAACCAAUCGCAAGAACACAAAGCACACGUUAUAGCGAUGGGACCAUAGCGAGUGGCAGCGCGAACACCUCUGGAACCAACAUCACACAACCUCCCCAGUACUCGAAGAAAUUCGUGGUCGUAGGAGAUGGCGGAUGUGGCAAGACAUGUCUGUUGAUCAGCUAUAGCCAGGGCUACUUCCCAGAGAAAUAUGUACCUACCGUCUUCGAGAACUACAUCACCAAUACCGAUCAGAAGUCAACGGGAAAGACAGUCGAACUUGCUCUUUGGGACACUGCAGGCCAGGAAGAGUAUGACCGACUCCGUCCUCUCUCAUACCCAGAGACAGAUCUCCUGUUCGUCUGCUUUGCCAUUGAUUGCCCAAACUCACUUGAGAAUGUGAUGGACAAGGUCCUCCACUUCUGCCCCACCACCCCAUUGAUUCUCGUUGGUCUCAAGUCCGAUCUCCGCCAACAAAAACGUUGCAUAGAGCUUCUCAAGACCCAGGGUUUGACACCAGUCACGCCAGAGCAAGGCCAGGGCGUGGCUAAGCAGAUGGGCGCGACGUACGUCGAAUGCUCAAGCAGGGAGAUGAACGGCGUCCAUGAGGUCUUUGAGCUUGCGAUAGAAAUGGCAGUCGGGAGGGAGGUCAAGAUGAAGGAGGAGCGAGAACGAUGGGCUGCUAGUGGCGGUGAUACUGGCGGACGAGGGAGGAAGAUCAAAAAGAGAGGAUGCCCAAUACUAUGA